AUGCUCUUACUAAACCUAAACCACAAAGACGAGAUAAUCUCUAUCUUAUCCUUCCUGGGAGGAGACAUAGUCAAAUCAAUUGACAACAAAAGGAGUCACUCGUGGCACACUGACUAUAUUCCAACUUCUCUGGAUCAAUGCACUCACUACCUUCUAGCAAAGAUCUCCUGGAUUAGCCAGUACCACGGGAAGGGACAAGAACGGACACAGACCUUCACGCACGGGCCAAGUCACAAAAAGAAGAAAGAGCCUCGACAAGAGGCAAAGCCAAAGAAAGAGGUUUUUAUUCCUAACAGGCCAAUAGAACAGGCGCCGAAAGCAACUGGAGUUGAAAGAAGGGGCAAUAGCCUUGAUUAUCUAUUCUAUCCCGCAAGGCCGAGAUUAGUGAUUCUCGUCGCUAAGCGAAGACUCUAUCAUAAUCAUAACAGAGUAGCGUACCAAACCAAAGGGCAGUCCCUUCGGAUCAAAGGAAGGGGUCAGACUAGCAACGGACGAAGCGGGUUCUUAGCUGCCGUUGCUUGGGCGCUAGGGAUUGGUCCUGAUGGCAAGGAUUCACUUGAUUGCUUUGAGCUCCCUGGGAAUGGAAAUGCAGAUGCAGAGGCUGCCUCCCAAGCAUUUUAUCCUGGAACAGAAGACAUUAGAUCCAGCUUUGGGCUCAGUACCUCCAUUAGGUCACUGACUCCCAUUUCCGUUGAUUGGACAACCGGCCUUAACGACGCUCCCUUAGCUUCUCUCGUUGGGAAGCAUUUGAGGGCUGGAGCUUUCAUUUGGGUGACCAGCAUUGGAAUGGGAUCGGGCGGGCCCGGUGAAAGAGAUGGAAUGGGAAAUGGAGAUGUUGAAGAGGCGGGUUGA